GGAGCACGACCGGCUUCAUGCUGGUGGGAUUGAAACAUGUCUCUUUUGCAAAUUAUCUCUCUCCUUGUUAUAAUUAAGUCACUAUGUUGCAGAAAUAGGUGUUGGAAUUUUGAUAAUGCUAAAGCAAGGCGUUGUAAUGCACGGAAGACAGUCUGGAACUAGCAAGGAAGACAUCAGAUCGAAUUUUCCAACACGCCCGUAAGUGGAAAUACAUGUCAAAAUAAUCUGAUGAUAAACUGCAUUUGCAGGAAUGAUGAAUUAGCUUUGGUUGAUAAAGAUCAAGCAAAUAACAUAAAAUUAUUCAGGAUUAUCUGAGGUAUCCGUUCUUGAGGUGGCAAUCAAUACUUCCAAAGUUAGGAAACAGUCAUUAAGAAUUUCAAGAGAUAGCAAGUGAAUCAGCCAGGCCCUUGAUCCGAGGUGAAGAACAGAAAGUGGUUUCAAACUUUGCAGCGUGAAGUGCACCAUACGAUGCAGUUCUCUGAACGUGUAAAUAUUUGGGUCUACAUAUUGCUGUUAGCAUUUUUGCUAAGUCUUGCUAAAGAUGAACUAGUAGAUGCCAGAAGAAGGACAAAGAAGGAGAAAAAGUGCUCUUUACGAAUGACAGAAGAUGGACGGUAUUCGGUUGUUUGCUCAAAGUCAAAGGUUGGACGCAAGGCGUCAAGAAAAAUGGAGCGAAAAACAAAGCAGAACAAAUUUGUCAAACCAAAAACAUCUGGGAAAGCCGCCAUGCUGGAAAAAACAUUGGAAACAACAAGAACAGUAAGAAACAAAUGGAAACGGGGAGCAAUGGUUUGCAGAAACUCAUUGACGCCCUGGGUUAGCAAGACUGAAUUUCAUCAUGGUGAAAUAACUGUUGGAUGUGGUCCACGAGAGCUUCUUCAAAGAUUUUCUCUUCAGAAACUGGCACAUAAAUUAAGAUACGAGUACACGUGCUGUAGUUUGUUCUAAGUUGCUAGAAAGUUUUAACUUAUCGCUGUAUAGCUCUUUAUAUAUUAUGCUGACAAUUAACGAAUUUUAUCAUCGUUGAUAGGUAUAAAAAUUAUGAUUCAAAAUUUGAAUUGUGAAAUACGAUAAAACCAACCUUAAUUGUUUUUAAAUUGUAAAGUUAUCUAGAUUUUAUGCUGUCAUUCUUAAAGUUCUUAGAAAA